AUGAAGACUGUUCGCGCCGAAAGCUGUAACAAUAAACCAGCUGAAGAAUGUCGCGACGCAAUCAACAGUGUGAUACAGAAGACUGGGGUAUCUACUCACGUCAAACGCUUCAUUCCCGUUGCACCUUGGGUUCUCUGGCUUCUGGCAGGAUGGGUGUUAUCCACAAUAGCCUACGAGUACAACCAAGACCUGGGCAAAGCGAUAAAGCUCCCCCCAGAGGAUCUCCGGCAGAUUCAAUCGAUGGCCGGUGCUCAAGAAAUUGCUAUCGUGACGGCCGCCGAUGCCAGCGCUAUCGCAGCUACUUUAACAAUUCGACCCCCCGCGACGAUCACGCCGACGAGUCUUAUCAGCAUCGAAACGCUCACUACAGCCAGUGACGGACACGAAGCCGGAGAUAUUGUGUAUCAUAUUCCCGAAGGAACGGCCGGACGCAUCCAGGACUUCUUGGGGAUGACCGGCCUUGAAGAGACCCAGCAGAUCUGUCAGGGCCAGGACCUGAAGCGCGCUGAUACUACUGAGGAGUGCAUCGAACGUAUUUUACGCCAUGCUAUGGACCUUGCGGAUACCGGCCCAGACAACCUAAUGGCCUUGGCUCAGGCGAAUAUUCCGAUUGAACCAGCUGUUGGUCAAGCCAUUGGGUUUCCGAUUCCUGAUAUCUCCAUCGGCGAAUCCGUAGUUAUCGUUCGGCUAUAUCGCCAGGUCUUCACUGCAACCGCGCCAGCCCCUCAGCCUGACCUGAAUUGGGACCCCUCCGUCCUCGCUAGAAGUGCGCUAAGUCUCGCCAUCGCUGCACAUGCGGCUAUGCUCGUUGGUCAGACUCUCCUCGACAUAUUCGUCAGCAAGAGUGAUAUCAUCACUGAUCUAAAGGAGGAGGACCUAACAUGUGCUAAAGAUCUCAUAUGCACACUCGAUGACUGUAAGGGCCAAGACGAGGUCACCGAACGUCUGAGUUGGAUGGUCAGUUCAAGUACCCCUUCGACGCCCAUAUGUCGCACGUGCACGCAGCCCAAGAAUUUCGGAUGCAGAUGCGAAGUUGUCGAAUAUCCCUACGUGUACGAGGUGCCGAAAGGAUACAUGGAUGCGCAAUACGCAUGGCUCGAAGAGCUCAUCAAGCGAGCCAAAGAGCCUGUGCUUGAAGCUGAAUGCAAGAGCAAUCUGCAAAGGUUUGAUGAAGGGACGUUAGGUCCCCCGAAUCCGGGUUCUUCACAGACCUUUGACCCCAGAUCCAGCUUUGAAGGGUAA